AAGGAGGAAGUUGCCAGCCUUGCUCAGACAAACUGCCUUCCCACUUGUGCAGGUGCAAACCCAAGCAGCGUUCCUGCUGGCGAUGGAGCUGGCGAGACUGCUUGGCCUGGAAGAAACGAAGAUGGCGACGGAGCAGGAGAAGCACAUGCUGAGGCUGCUCAUCCCUCUCGCUAAACUUUAUACUGCAAAACAGGCUAUCGCUGUGGCCUCAGAAGGCCUGGAGUGUUUCGGAGGACAGGGCUUCAUGGAAGACACAGAACUGCCUGUUGUUCUUCGGGAUAUCCAGGCGCUAUCAAUCUGGGAGGGAACCACGAACAUCCUGUGCCUGGAUGUUCUGCGCUGCAUUUUCAAGAGCCAAGGAAAAGUGCUGGAUGUCUUUUUCUCCACUGCCCAGGUAAGCACCAAUAAAUGAGUUUCUCACACUAACUAUAAAUGUUAAAAUUUCAAAUGCACCUCGUAGGAGCAAUAGGCUGUCAGCCUCAUGUAAAAUGAGGUGGUCCUUGUUGACAUUGAUGUGCUGCUAUUGCCACUUCAGAACUCACUUCGAUGCAGUUGGCAGUCUCUUUCAUCUUGUUCAUAGUUAACAGAAAUUGGUUUAUGAGAGAAAUUGGUUUUUUAAGUAGCACAGUCCAAAUUUACUGCCACUACUUAUGGUAUUUUGCCUACAGUCAGGGUGAAAAAUAUAACCUUCAUCUGCCAUAGUAGAAACCAGUCCAAGGGUCUUAAAUCUAAAGCACAGGCAGACCCAGAGACUUCUAAAAAUGACAAUUCCACAGCAACAUUUAAUGUGUCA